ACUCCGUGAGAUGGGUGGGCCAUGGCAAUAGCUCAGUAGCUGCUGGAAGGCAGAGGAAUUAUUCCAGGAGUUAUUCCAGGGAGCUGUCAUUGAGUGAAACAGGGAGUGAGAAGCAGUGUCUGCCAGGAAAGCCCUCAGGGCGGUGUGGCUCCAAGAGAUGAGCUGUGUGUGAAGUUCUAUGCCCGGUGUUCUGUGCAAGUUAUGAAUUAUAAGUGAACCACCAUGUGUCUUGACCAUGAUGUAGAGCCAUGGAACUGGAACCAUGGAGAUGAUCUGGACUGUUGGGCUGUAGUGGUAAAGGGUGAGUCAGUGAGUGUUAACCAGAAUAAGACCUCUGAGGGGAGGGAGUGGGAAUCUAAAGCCAAUUACAUGUAGCAGCAAAAUGAGGAAGUUCUAGGCGGCAGAUUGUGCAAGCAGCAAAUAUGAGGAUAGGAUUGGGUUUGAAGAGUAAGGUUUCCUGCCCCAGCUUACAGAUUCUGCUGUGCUUGGGAUGAUGGCAUCUCACGUACUGACAACGCCUUGUUUCUCUGCUUUUAUGGAGGUGUCCCAUUUCCUCCAUCACUGUGGGCUGCCUGCUCUGGGUUAUUCCCGCUCUCAGCGGGGUUGCCCUUUCACUUUUAAUGUAGUGCACCUUUCCACUCUGGCUAAAACUGAGCUGGAUUAUUAAUCAAGUCAAAAUGGAAUGAAUAGGUGUUGAGGGAUUAUGUCAAAGUUAUGAGAUCGCAAACCGUGAAUGGUUGUUUAUACUGCUUCGUUUUUACUUUCUGAUACUGGACUUGCAACUAGGUACCAAAUGCUGUACGCUGUGACUUUUAGAGGAUUGCUGGGGGAGGUGCGGACAAGUAAAGCCUCUUCUACCUGUGUGCCUUUGGGUUCUUGGAUGUCCAGAUGAAAUCCUCCAUCUCAAAAAGAGAUGGGAGAGUGUGGUAUGUGGAAUGAAAAGUGAUUUCUUUUAAAGAAGGAUAACCAAAGCUGAAGUAAUAUUUUCAGUACUUUCUGACCUUCCAGGUUGAGAAGACUCUUUGGAAGCAAUGUCUCUGAAAACCUUAGCACAUUAAUGAAAAGCUUCAGAGUGCUGGAUCUAUAGCAAAGUAAAGAGCAGAGAGAAGAGAAAGAAAAGCAGGCUAUAAGGUCUAUAAAGUGCCUCAGCAACUAUUAGCCCCUGCGGUUAACAGCAGCCAUUAGAAACUGUGAAGUAGUUAAAGGAGGAUAGAUAGACAUUGAAACGGGACUUAGAUGUUACUUUCUUCUCUGCAAAUACUGUUAUAGCUUUGAGCAGAUUUUCUCCCCCGCCCCUGCCUUUCGAGGUUCUUCCUUCUUUACUUCCUUCUUCCCUGGUGAUCAAAGCCAGGGUCUCACUGCCUGUCGUGUAAGGGCUUUACCACUGAGAUAUACCCCAGCCUAAGGCAGAUUUGUUAAUCCAUUGCCUUUGUCUAUUAUAGUAAUAAUACUUAGAGCUGGGUCCAGCACCACAGUUCUGGAAAGUAGCUGCCUUGGUGAGCUAAGGAGAGUGUGAGCUGGGUGGUGGUUGUCAGCUUGACAGAAACUAGACUCAGCCGAAGAGGACCCUCAGCUGAAGAAUUGUCCCGAUUACUAAUCGAGUGGGCCCAAGCAUCGUGCGCAGUGUUAUCCCUAGGCACAUGGACCUUCUCGUAUAAGAAAGAUCGCUGAGCAGGCCGGUAAGCAGUGUUCCUCCACGGUCUGCUUCAGUCUUCAACUUCAGGUUCCCACCUUGCUCUUGCCCUGGCUUCCCUCAGUGAUGUUCAUGGAGGAAGGAUGAAGCACAUAAACCUUAUCUCCAGGCUGGUUUUGCUCAGUGGCUUUUGUUCUGGUUUUGUUCUGGUUUGGUUUCUCAACAUAGGGUUUCGUUGUGUCCUCCUGGCUGUCCUGGAACUGUAGACCUUGCUACUGCUGCUGGGCACCACUGCACAGCACUGGUCAGUGUUUCAUCACAGCAACAGAACAUAAGCUCGGACAGCCAUCAUCACCAGAGGGCAGGGCACUGCUAGAAGAACCUGACUGUGAGGUCUUUUAUGCCUUUGACUGUUUUGCUUGGUUCCUCAGGUGUGUCGCAUACACCUGAGGUGCAUUUACAUGAGAAGACUUGUGACCGGCUAAGGGCGAAGGGAAUUUCCGCAAGGAAUGGAACUGGCUCACAGCUUGCUGCUCAAUGAAGAAGCGUCCAAUCAGCUAGGUGACGUCCAGAAGGCCGAGUUUGUUUUUGAGUGGUUGAGAUACUUGGAGAAGCUCUUGCUAGCAACAAACAGGGAUGACGUCAGGGAGAAGCAGAAGGCCCUUGUUGAACAGCUCCUUUCCUUACUGAGCAGCUCCCCAGGGCCUCCUACUCGCAAGCUCCUUGCCCAGAAUCUGGCAAUACUUUAUAGUAUUGGAGACACGUUUUCUGUGUAUGAGACAAUCGAUAAAUGCAAUGAUCUUAUUCGUAGCAAAGAUGACUCUCCAAGUUACCUUCCCACCAAACUUGCUGCUGUGGUGUGCUUGGGUUCCUUGUACAAGAAGUUGGGUAGAAUACUGGCUAACGGCUUUACUGACACAGUGGGGAAUAUUCUCAAAGCUGUGAAGAGUGCAGAGUCUCAAGGCCGCUAUGAGAUCAUGCUGAGUCUGCAGAGUAUACUGACUGGACUGGGUGCUGCUGCUGCACCUUGCCACAGGGAUGUUUACAAGGCUGCUCGGUCCUGCUUAACAGACAGGUCCAUGGCUGUCCGGUGUGCUGCUGCCAAGUGUCUUCUCGAACUCCAGAAUGAGGCCAUCUUUAUGUGGAGCACAGACCUGGACAGUGUGGCCACACUAUGUUUUAAGUCCUUUGAAGGUUCCAAUUACGACGUGCGGAUAUCAGUUUCAAAAUUGCUGGGAACAGUGUUGGCUAAAGCUGUAAUUGCUAAGCAUCCAGGAGGAGCAGCCUCGAGGCAGAGCACUCGCAGAGUGUCGCUGGAGGAAGUUCUGGAACUGCUGGGAGCAGGGUUUCUGCGUGGGAGUUCAGGAUUCCUUCGAGCCAGUGGAGAUAUGCUAAAAGGAAGCAGUUCAGUCAGCAGAGACGUUCGAGUUGGAGUUACUCAGGCUUACGUGGUAUUUGUCUCAACAUUAGGAGGAGCUUGGCUAGAGAAGAAUCUUGCUGUCUUUCUUUCCCAUAUCCUAAGCCUUGUAUCCCAGUCCAACCCUAAAGCCACACAAACGCAGAUUGAUGCCGUGUGCUGUCGCCGCUGUGUCUCCUUUAUUCUUCGAGCGACCAUAGGAGGCCUGCUUGGAGAAAAGGCUCAAAUUGCUGCUGCAAAGGAUAUCUGCCAAGCCAUCUGGAAGCUAAAGAAAGUUAUGGAUGCUGUAUUGAGUGAUGGUAAUUUAGAAACCCGUCUCAGUUCCACGGAUGUAGCAGCCAGCCAGCAUAUGCUGGUUUGUGCAUUGCAAGAACUUGGAAAUCUCAUACAUAGUCUCGGCACUACAGCUGCCCCUUUGCUCCAGGAUUCCAGUACAGGCCUUCUGGACAGUGUCAUUUCGGUGGUUCUGCACCCUAGCAUUUCUGUUCGCCUGGCUGCAGCCUGGUGCUUGCACUGCAUUGCUGUGGCAUUGCCUUCCUACCUGACACCUCUCUUAGAUCGUUGCCUAGAACGGCUCACGACACUGAAGUCUUCCCCGGAAGCAGUGACUGGCUUUAGUUUUGCUGUGGCAGCCUUGCUAGGUGCAGUGACACACUGUCCUUUGGGAAUUCCUCAUGGAAAGGGCAAGCAGAUUAUCAUGACAUUAGCAGAGGAUUUGCUGUGUUCCGCUGCUCAAAACAGUCGCCUGUCACUUCAACGCACACAAGCCGGAUGGCUAUUGAUUUCUGCUCUCAUGACACUAGGUCCUGCAGUAGUCAGUCAUCACCUCCCUCGCGUUCUGCUGCUGUGGAAGUGUGUCUUUCCUGUGUCUCCUAAAGAUCUAGAAACAGAACGAAGCCGAGGCGAUUCGUUUACCUGGCAGGUAACCCUGGAAGGCCGAGCCGGUGCUCUCUGUGCUGUCAAGAGUUUCAUUUCCCACUGUGGUGAUCUCCUAACUGAGGAAGUCAUCCAGCGUCUCCUGCCGCCGCUUCCCUGCGCUGUGGAUCUGCUGACUCAGCUCUCUUCAAUACUAAAAACAUAUGGAAGUUCUUUGAAAACACCGUCAGUAGUUUAUAGACAGAGACUUUAUGAACUACUGAUUUUAUUACCUCCUGAGACCUAUAAAGGGAACCUCUGUGCUAUCCUCAAGGAGGUGGCUGCUGAACUGACUGCCCCUGAUUCCCAAGUGGCAGCGUCUGCGUGCUUACUGCCGGCCCUUUGUCAUCCAGAUGACCUUUUGAUAUUAAGUCCUUUGCUGCAAGAGACUGACCAUAGGUUUAUUGAAGAACAGCUCCUGUUUGGCAAUGGCAUUGCCUGUGGAAGUCUAGAAUAUGACCCUUAUUCUAUUUAUGAGAAGGAUGUAGAAGGAGACUCUGUGCCCAAGCCCCUGCCUCCAGCACUGUCUGUUAUUAGCUCUGCAUCCAAGCUCUUCGGGGUUGUCUGUGCUAAUGUGGAUGAAGCUCAGAGGGUUCUGAUACUGGAUCAGCUUUUGAACAGCAUAAAGCACACCAAAGGAGCUCGUCAGCAAACAGUUCAGUUGCAUGUUGUUUCUGCCAUUUCUAACUUACUGAAGUAUGUGGCUGGCUCUAAACAAAGUUUAGGCCCAGAAGUAAGAAGACUUGUCCUAACAUUAGUGUUGGGAGCACUAGAAAGUCCCAACCCCCUUUUGAGAUGUGCAGCUGCAGAAGCAUGGGCUAGAUUAGCCCAAGUUGUUGAUGAUGGAGCCUUUACUGCUGGACUGGCUCAAGUUAGCUUUGACAAAUUGAAGUCAGCAAGAGAUGUGGUUACCAGAACAGGCCACUCACUGGCCCUGGGAUCCCUACAUCGGUACUUGGGAGGCAUAGGGCCUCAGCACCUGAGUUCUUGCAUUGGAGUCCUUUAUACCCUGUCUCAGGACAGCACUUCUCCUGAUGUGCAGACUUGGGCACUCCAUUCUCUGUCACUGACCAUUGAUUCUGCUGGUGCACUCUACCACGUGCACGUGGAGUCUACCCUGUCACUCAUCGUCAUGUUGUUGCUAAAUGUGCCUCCGACUCACGCGCAAGUUCACCAGAGUCUUGGUCGCUGCUUGAACGCCCUCAUUACCACGUUAGGCCCAGAGCUACAAGGUAACAAUACUUCCGUGUCCGCCUUAAGGACUUCCUGUCUGCUGGGCUGUGCAGUGAUGCAAGAUCAUCCAGGCUGCCUGGUCCAGGCUCAGGCCAUCUCUUGCCUUCAGCAGCUUCACAUGUUUGCUCCACGGCACGUCAACUUGUCUAGCCUGGUCAGCUGCCUCUGUGAGAUCUUGUUGGAUAAUUCUGUGUUGGUGAACCUUUGUAGCCCCUACCUGCUGCUGAGAAGAGCAGUUCUGGCUUGUUUGCGGCAGCUGGUACAGAGAGAAGCGGCUGAAGUUUCAGAGCAUGCUGUCAUGCUGGCCAGGGACAACAGGGACAACAACCCCGCUGCAGAUACUAACCUCAGAGAAGUGGGCCUUGAAGGGGCACUGCUAGCCUUACUAGAUAGAGAGACAGAUGGAAGCUUGUGCCAGGAUAUCAGAGAGACUUUACAUCAUAUGCUGACAUCUAUGGCAGUGGAGAAGCUCUCCCUUUGGCUAAAGCUUUGUAAAGAUGUGCUUGCUGCAUCAGCUGACUUUACAGCUGUAACCUGCGUGGAUACAAUGCAGGAGGAAGAAGGCGAUAGAGGUGAUGAUGCCUCAGUUUUGACCAGAGGUGAUGACAAACCACACCCUUUCAGCAAUCCUCGCUGGGGCACCAGAGUCUUCGCUGCUGACUGUGUCUGCAGAAUAAUUAGCCAGUGUGAAAAUGCAAACAGUGCUCAUUUUGACAUUGCUUUAGCACAAGAAAUGAAAAAAAGCGAUUCAAGAAAUGACUUUUUGGUGCUCCAUCUUGCUGACUUAAUCCGCAUGGCUUUUAUGGCUGCCACAGACCACAGUGACCAGCUCCGUCUCUCUGGCCUUGACACACUCUUAGUUGUUAUUCGACGAUUUGCAGACAUUGCAGAGCCAGAGUUUCCAGGUCAUGUGAUUCUAGAACAGUAUCAAGCCAAUGUUGGAGCCGCUCUCAGACCGGCCUUCACUUCAGAGACACCACCUGACAUCACUGCCAAAGCAUGCCAGGUUUGCAGUGCUUGGAUAGCAAGCGGAGUUGUUAGUGACCUCGGUGAUCUCCGCAGAGUUCAUCAGCUACUUGUCUCAUCACUGAUGAAGAUACAGGCUGGAAAAGAAGCUCUGAGCCAGCUGUACAAUGAAAGUGCCUCCACCAUGGAGGUCCUAGCUGUGCUGAAAGCCUGGGCAGAGGUCUACAUAAUUGCUGUACAAAGACAUAAAAAUCACAAGCAGACCUUGAAGACAACUAUUAAUUCUGAAGACAGUGUGAGAAGUGGGUCAGCCUCGGCUGCUGGUCUUCUUGAUUUGGUCUGCACCGACCUGGCCACACUAAGCAGACUCUGGCUUGCUGCACUUCAGGAUUUUGCUCUCUUAACUUUGCCUGCGGAAUUUGCUUCCCAACUUCCUGUUGAAGGCGGUGCUUUCUACACAGCAGAGACCAGCAAGAGUGCAACGCCACAUUACCACAACUCCUGGGCCCUCAUCCUCCACGCUGCGGCUCUGUGGCUCACGAGCACAGGCUUUGCUGACCCAGAUGAAGGAGGUGCCAAUCUCUCAAGGCCGGUGACUCCAACUUCCAUGUGCCAGGGCUCAUCGUCAUCGGGACCUGCAGUCAAGUCCCCCGAGGAUGUCUACACUGACAGGUUCCAUCUAAUUUUAGGAAUCAGUGUAGAGUUCCUCUGCUCCCUGCGCUCAGACGCGACCUUGGAAAGCAUCACCUCUUGUCUGCAGGCCCUGCAGGCCCUUCUCGAUGCUCCUUGGCCCAGAUCGAGAGUUGGCAGUGAUCAGGACUUGGGUAUUGAGUUGCUAAAUGUACUACACCGAGUAAUUUUGACCAGAGAGUCACCAGCCAUUCAGUUGGCUUCACUCGAAGUGGUAAGGCAGAUUAUCUGUGCAGCUCAAGAGCACGUGAAGGAGAAAAGACGAAGUGCAGAAGUUGACGACGGAGCCUCUGAAAAGGAAACCGUUCCAGAGUUUGGUGAAGGAAAGGACACAGGAGGACUUGUACCUGGAAAGUCUUUGGUCUUUGCAACCCUAGAACUCUGUGUCUGCAUCCUCGUUAGACAACUUCCCGAACUAAACCCUAAGCUGACAAGUGGCCCAAGGGAUAAGGCUUCAAAGCCGAAGACCCUGUCAGAGGAGGGAAGUCGGCUGGUUGCCGCUGCCUUGGUCAUCCUGGCGGAACUUCCUGCAGUGUGCUCUCCUGAAGGGAGCGUCUCAGUUCUCCCUACCAUAUUGUACCUUGCCAUUGGAGUCCUCCGGGAAACUGCUGUGAAGUUACCUGGGGGGCAGUUGUCCUCCACAGUCACAGCCUCCCUGCACGCUCUGAAAGGAAUCUUGACAUCCCCCAUGGCCCGGGCAGAAAAGAGCCACGAAGCUUGGACCAGCCUCCUCCAAAGUGCAUUGGCAACUGUGCUUGACUGCUGGAGCCCAGUAGAUGGAGCACAUCAAGAGCUUGAUGAAAUCAGCUUGCUUACUGCCAUCACAGUAUUUAUUUUAUCUACCAGUCCAGAAGUGACAGCCGUCCCCUGCCUUCAGAAUCGCUGCAUUGAAAAAUUUAAGGCUGCCCUGGAGAGCAAAGAUUCUGUGGUACAAAUGAAGACCUGUCAGCUCCUACACUCCAUUUUUCAGUAUCCAAAGCCGGCCAUUUCCUACCCGUACAUUUACUCCUUAGCGUCUUCCAUUGUGGAGAAACUGCAGGAAAUGGACAGGAGGAGGCCUGGAGAUGCUGCCGAGCUGCAGCUCUGUCAGGAAGGAAUAAAGCUCCUAGAAGCUUUGGUCACCGUUGCGGACGAAGAGCACCGUGCUCAGCUGGUGGCCUGCCUUCUGCCCAUCCUCAUUUCCUUCCUUUUGGACGAGAAUGCUCUGGGAUCAGCAACUUCAGUAACGAGAAGUCUGCACGACUUUGCUUUGCAAACUCUCAUGCAGAUUGGGCCUCGGUAUUCCUCCGUGUUUAAGAAUGUCAUGGCCUCUUCCCCGGCCCUGAAAGCCCGGCUGGAGGCUGCUGUAAAGGGCAAUCAGGAAAGUGUCAGAGUGGAUCCGUCUUCUAAGCAAGCCAAGAACUUGGGAAGGAACUCAAGCAUCCAAUUAAAGACCAGUUUCCUGUGAGCUGCUCUUCUAGACACUGAGCACCUGAAUGUAACACUUAUGUUUCCUUGCUUUGGGGACAAAAGUGAAACUUAAGGCACAAGUGCACUUAGACAUCCUGUCAUUGUUCUAAUUUCAGGAGCGACUGAAACUUAACAUUCUUGGUAAUUUUGGUUUGGUUUGGUUUCCACUUUCUAAACCAUGGAACUGUCAGAACUCUUGCCAGGCAUUUCAGUAAAGUGCCAAAGAUCCAAGUGUACUAAGCAGUCCACUGCUGUGAAGCUGAGGGAUUCCCUCUAACGGUCCAUAUGUUCUACUUUUGAGAGACAUCAAAGUGUCCACGCUUACACCACAUCCCACUUCUAUGUGAAAUCCUGCCUUAUGCAGUGGGAGUAUCAAACUUUGUUGCAUUUCUCAAGCAACAUCAACAAUUAGAGAAGGGUGGCACUCACCUGAGGAGACUGAGACAGGAUGAUGGUCAAAGUUUCAACCAGCCUGGUCUACAGAGCAGCAGUGACCACAGGAUAAGACUUCUCUCAAAAAGAUCAAUUAACACUCAAACUAAUUAACAGUAAUAAUGCCAACAAUAAAUGAGUGAUUGGAACACUAUUUAAGAACUAGACCUAAGCCAGGUGGUGGUGACCGUGCCUCUAGCCCCUCACUCGGGAGACAGGCGGGUGGAUCUCUGUGAGUCUGAGGCCAGCCUGGUUUACAGAGUGAGUUCCAGGACAGCCAGGACUACACAGAGAAUCCAUGUCUCAAACAAACAAGCAACCAGAUCUAGAAUUACCCAGCUUAGACUAGGAGGGCCAGCUUCAGCCCCACCAUGUGGCUUGAGGCUGUGGUCUCUGGAUCAUGACUGUAUCUCCAAGUGAGUGUAUGUUGAGUUCACACGGAAUGCUUUUAUGUAGAAUAGACGGUCUCCCUCCCACCUUCUCAGAUGGGUUUUCUGUUACCUCUGUUCCUUUUGUUUUUAUUGUGGAAAUCAUUCAUAUUGAAAGCCUAAUAUAGAGUCAUGUGUAUAUUGAUAUGGGAUUAUAUGAUGUCAAAUUUAGUACAACAAAUUUAGAACUUAAGUGAAUACAAAUACUUUUUUAACACAGAAUGUAUUUUAAUAUAAAAAUAUAAUGAUAAAGUCAUACUGGUAGAAAAUAUUUUUGGCUAUGUUUACCAUCAUUUUCCCUCCACUUCAGUAUUGUGCUGUGUGAACUGACCACUAUAUCCAAAUGAAGCAGCUUCCUGUUAAAAUUUACAGACUGCAAGGACAGAGGUGUGGUCAGAAUUGAGAAAAACUGAUGAGGCCAGGAGACACGUGGUGGACCGUGCUUUGUUAUGUUUGUAUGUCAAGCUCUUCUGAAGCUCAGAGAGGAAAACGUUUGGCGAACUCUAUACCACCAUCACCUUUUCUAUAUUACAUGAAUAAAGCUAAUUUUCUCUAA